AUGUCAUUCACACACAAAACUUUAUUUACAUAUAAUUCAAUUAAAAGAAUAACAAAUAUUUCUGUUUCAUAUCUGAAUGAGCCAAAUCUUAUCAUUGACACAAAUUGUUUAAUAAUGAAUUAUGAUCAAACAAAAAUUUAUGAAUUUUGGGGUUAUGCGACAUUCUAUUGGCAAUCAUAUGAAAUUACAAUUCCAAAAACAGUAGAAAUUAUUCAUGAAGGUGCAUUUGAAAAUUCAACAUCAGUUGGUGAAAUAAAAAUUGAUAUGGAUUCACAGCUCUUUACCAUACAAGAUUAUGCAUUCAGAAAUUGUUCACGACUGAUUUCAUUUAAUUCUUCUUUAUCAAAUUUGAGGAAAGUAGGAUUAUCAUCAUUUAAAGAUUGUACAAAAUUAAAAUCAUUAGGUUUUGGAUCUUUAAAUUUAGUUGUAAUGAAAAAUGCGUUUGAGAAUUGUAUUAACUUAGUAAACUUAACCAAUAUGACUAAUAUACCAAAUGAAUGUUUUUCUGGAUGCACAAAUUUGUCAUCAGUUUCAAUUAUGGAAGGAACAACAUAUAUUGGAGUAAGAUCAUUUGAGAAUUGUAUUUCAUUAGAGAAUAUUAUUAUUCCAUCAUCUGUUGAAAAGAUUUCAGAAUAUGCAUUUAUUAAUUGCAACAAUCUUAAAUCAAUCACAUUUUCAGAAACAAAUUCUCUAUCAAAUAUAUCAAUCAAUUCUAUUUCAGGAUGUGAAUCUCUUAAAAACAUCAGUAAUUUCAUAUCAAAUAAUCAUAAAUACAAAUGUAUUGAUAAUACUCUUUAUUAUCAAAAUAAUACUAAACUCGAUCUUAUUUAUCAUUUGAGUCAUUCUAUUGAUGAUGUAUUGAUUAUCAAUUGUGAUGCUAUCUGUCAAUAUUCAUUCAAUCACAGCAACAACAUUGUCAACAUCAGUCUUUCCUCAGAUAGUGUUUCGCAUAUUGAAUCAUAUUCAUUCAAUGACUGCAAGAACUUAAAAUACAUUAACUUUCCUCUCUCAGUUGAAAGUGUUUCCACAUUUGCAUUCCAUGAAUGCAAAUCUAUUCGAUGUCCUCUUUUAAUAGAGAACACAAAUAUUAAUUAUCUAAAAAUGAUUAAUGAAUCUGGAAUCCCUCCAAAACUCAUUAUUUCUUGCCGAGUUGUUCAUGGAAGUAACAAAGUUCAAGUUAUCAAGCGAAUAUAUAAUAAAACGCACGGCAUUUUCUGGCACCAUCUUUUGAAAUAA